AUGCAUUCGAACAAAUUUUGUAUUCUUUAUCAACAGAUUGACUUUUCAUAUCUAUUCCUCACAUCAUCGUUUGACUGGACACUGAAACUCUGGAGUCAUAAGAGCCAUCGUCCAGUGUAUUCGUUUGAAGAUAAUGGUGAUUAUAUMUACGAUGUACAGUGGUCUCCUAUUCAUCCUGCUCUUUUUGCUACCGUUGAUGGCAUGGGUAAACUAGACCUCUGGAAUUUAAAUACUGACACAGAGGUGCCCAUAACCUCUUCUGCUACUGAGAUGACGUCACUCAAUCGUGUGCGUUGGACCAACUCGGGUCAUCAGAUAGCCGUUGGAGAUGAUGAUGGCAAAGUUUUUAUCUAUGACGUCGGGGAGCAACUUGCCGUUCCUCGAGCUGAUGAGUGGAGUCGUCUCCAGAACACCUUAAUWGAUAUACAAGCCAAUGCUUCGUCUUCAGUUAGCGAGACUAUUGGAUCACCACGAAUGUCCCCGUCAAAGAUCCCGUUUACUUAAAUCUAMCCGCUCGAAAAAAGACGAUAUCAAAUACUCUUGUGUUGAAUACACCUAUUUUGAAUGAUGGGAACUAGCGGUAAAGUAAUGUGAGCUGCGUCGUGUUUCUAAAGAAACAGUUAUGAAAUAAGAUAAAUUUUACACUGUAAAAAGGAUGGUAGAUAACAUACUGACGUUAAGGACGUUAAUCCUUCGUCGGAGAAAAGUCAUAAAGAGUGUGAGUGAAAUGAGUCACAURGAACUUCUACUGUAAAUACUGCUUGGGAACUAGAAUUUUUGGGUGUAUUCUCUCACCUGACUUCGUCUCCCGUGGCCUUCCAGUGAGUUACAAAAAUAGGUGUGUUCAACAUGURCAAUGUGGAAGGAACCGGCUAAAUAGUAUACAAUUAUAUUGUGGUACCGUAAAUUAUUUAAAAAAGCAAGUGCAUGGUGUACCGUACACAUCAGUAUGAGACAAUGUAUGGAGACAAGAGACAAUGCUUCCUAUACUUAUGUAAAGCUGAAAAGGCGCAUGUCAGUUUCAAAAUUKAAAAUCUGUUAUCUAAAAAUGGUUAUCUUAAUUUAGUGGCUUACAAUAAUUUUAGAAAAAUGUUUGGGUAUUUACAGCAAUGUCGCUACAAUGUCGCCUCAACGUGGAACAGGAAAAGGUUUACACGUAGUCCACUAAUUUGGGAGCGUUAAUUAUGGAUGACUAUUAGACCGAUAUUAUUAUCAGAGUAUGCARCCUUUGAUGAAAUAAAGUUUCAGACGUCGUGAUUCAA